CACAUUCACAUUAAAAAUUGACUCACCUUAACAAAAAAAAAAACAAACCCAAAUGAGAAAAACAAGCAACACACGCCACACCCACACUCCUUUCCGUGGCCCUCCACUCACCCGGGCCUAACCUAACCUAACCUAACCUCACCUCACCUCACCUAACCACUAACCUAACCCCCGCCCUUUCUUUCGCACCCAACCAACCCUAGAUCCAUUCACCCACCUUCACCGAUCCCAACCAAACCAAACCAAACCAAACCCCAACCACCACCGUCAACCAUGGCCUCUCACGACGACGAUCACAUCACCACCGUCUACGGCGACGACGAGGAGGACAGCGAAGACGAAGAUCUAACCCUACGCAACCAAACUGCCGAUGAUGACGACGUUGAUGUCAUCGAUGACGAAGAAGAGGACGAUUCUACAUCCUCCGGCGCCGGUGAAGUCACCGUCGCCGUUGCAGGUAUCGCCGGAGAUUCCGGACUCACCGGAGGUGUUUCCGCCGUUACCGCUACACCUACUACGGCAGUUACUGGUACGAUUAGCGUUUCUCCGCUUCCUAGAUCUGAUAUUGUUACAGAACAGAGGAAAAUUGUGCCGUUGGAUGAAUCUAGACGGUUGUUUCAACGGUUGUGGACGGAUGAAGAUGAAAUUGAGCUGUUGCAAGGGUUUCUGGAGUAUACGAACCAGCGUGUUGCGAAUAAUCCUUUUCAUCAUCAUCAUCACCAUGAUACGACGGCGUUUUAUGACCAGAUCAAGGAUAAGUUGCAGCUGGAUUUUAAUAAGAAUCAGUUGGUUGAGAAGUUGAGGAGGUUGAAGAAGAAGUAUAGGAAUGUUUUGAGUAAAAUUAGUUCUGGAAAAGAGUAUGUGUUUAAGAGUGCUCAUGAUCAGAUCACUUUUGAUAUAUCUUGUAAGAUUUGGAGUAACGAAACUGCUGUUGUUUCUACUCCGGUGGCUACUGCAGAUGGCGGUAGAUUCGACGAUGAAGAAACUAAUAACCCUAACAUUAAUCCUAACCUUAAUGUUGCUUUUAAUUUAAAUGAACAAAACGGCAACGGUGCUGGUUAUGCGAACAGUUCAGAGAAGAAAAGUGCGAAAUCACGAAAGCGAUCAAGGUCAGGUGGAGUUAAGGUUGAGGAAAAAGUCAGCCAGCAAGAGUCUUUGCCACCUGCGGUAGCGGUGGCGUCGAAUAAUUUAAACUCGGUUCCUAAUCUGGUUGAAGAAACUGUGAAAAGUUGUUUAUUGCCGUUGUUCAAGGAGUUGCUCGAGGGUUCAACGAAUGGGCAGGCGCGUGGUUUUAGGGGAUUCGGGUUAGGAGGGAUGAAUUUGGACCCGUUUUCGUUGAGUUUAGGUGGAUUGAUGAAUAUACCGUUUGGGGAUGUUACUGAUGAAAAGUGGAGGAAACAGCAUAUAUUGGAAUUGGAGGUUUGUUCGAAGAGAUUGGAAUUGGUGCAGGAUCAGAUCAAGUCGCAGUUGGAAGAGCUGAAAGCGAUGAGGAGGUAAUAAAUGGUUGUAUGUAAUCAGUGGGUAAAUUCUUGGAGUUCUUGCGGUUAUUAUUUCUUGGUAUUUAAGGUCAUAAGUUAACGGUCGUUUGAUCAAAUAGUGCAUACUGCAGUAGGAAUUUAGCCUGUUUAGCAUUUUACUUUCUUUCUUUUUCAUUUGAGGCUUGUUGUUUGAAUAAUCAUGACGAUGCUUUUACCCUUUCAUGGCUAACUCCAUAAUCAGCUUUGUGCAUAAACUAGUUGUUUGACAUA